GGGUUUUCGGAGUUCGAACAACCUGGUUUGCCCGCGGUGUAAGAGGUUUCCAUCGUGCAUGCUACGCUAGUAGUAGUACUGAUCUCCACCGUCACUUAGCUACUCAACACAACUCUACAUCUGUACGCGACGCCGAGGGAUGCACCGAGGUUUGUCAGCUAGAACUCUGCGCCUGCGUUUGUAAGCAAGGCGUUGUCCCCUGAGCUAAGGUUCGCUCCCAGACCUGUGGACGCCUAGAUGAUGUCCAUACAUUGUGCUGAUUCAUCCUGGUACUGCGUAUUGGGCGAAUCGCCCAGGAGAGGACGGAGGAUAAAUAGGCAAUUGAACGAAACAAGAUGUCUGUAAUUCCGACGAUACAGAAAGCACUCGUCCUCCCCGCGAAGUACGCGGAAUACGCUGUCCGCACUGUCCCCGUGCCGAGGCCCGGUCCAGGACGGCUACUCAUCAAGGUCCGCGCCGUCGCGCUCAACCCCGUCGACUGGAAGAUCCAGAAGAACGGAAUCCUCUACCAUGAGUUUCCCGCUAUUGCGGGCUCGGACAUUGCAGGAACGGUGGAAGAGGUCGGCGAGGGCGUGCAGGGUUUUGCUCUCGGGGACAGAGUCAUCGAACAAGGUGCCUUUACAAUCCCUACUUCAGGAUUUCAGCAAUAUGCCGUCGCGAACCCAGCUGUGACAGCGAAGAUACCUGACGGCCUCUCCUUUGAGCAAGGGGCGACUAUCCCCGUGGGUCUGAUCACCGCGGCUCUCGGUCUUUAUACACGCGGUCUCCCUCCGGGUAAGGAACUCGACCAUGGUAGUGCAGGUCUGCAGGCACCUUGGGAAGAAGGCGGGCGAGGAAAGUACACGGGAAAGCCGUUCUUUGUCUUCGGUGCUGCGAGUUCAGUAGGACAAUUUGUCGUUCAGCUAGCUCGGCUCUCGGGCUUCUCGCCCAUCAUCGCGACCGCCUCUCCGCACAACGCAGACUUCCUCCGCUCCCUGGGCGUGACUCACGUCUUGGACCGCAAGCUCUCACUCGAGCAGCUCCGGGCUGAGAUCGCCAAGAUCACGAAGGAGCCGCUGGAUGUCAUUUACGACGCCGUCUCCCUUCCUGAGACACAGCUGGCCGCAUACGAGCUGCUGGAGCCUGGAGGGACCCUAGUGCUGGUCCUUUACUCCGCUAUCCCAGCGGAGAAGCUUGCGUCCGAGCCCAAGAAGCGCGUGGUGAAGGCGUAUGGCCAGGCGAACUUCCCGCAGGAGAACCUUGCCGUUGCUGCAGUACUGUACAAGCAUCUGACGGCUUGGUUGGAAGAAGGGGCGAUCAAGCCCAACCGCGUCGAGGUACUUCCGGGUGGCUUGGAGGGUAUCCCCGAGGGGCUGGAGAGGCUGAGGACGGAUCGUGUGAGCGGCGUGAAAUUGGUUGCGCGUCCUCAGGAGACAGCUUGACCUCACUAGCCAAGCAUGUCGAGUUCACCAACCAUUUUGUGUAUGAACUGCCAUGCGCUUUUGGGCGCAUGCGAUCGCGUUGAAUACGAAGGCCUAUAUGUUGUCUGUCGGUAUUGAGCACGGAAGCCUGAGCGCUCAGACGCCGCGCUCUAGCGGCGAAAGCAGUAUACGUAGCUGUCGGAUUCGGCAGCGCACAUUGUCAAGCGAGUACAUAUUGGAAUCUACGCAAUCAAGCGAGCC